UGCGGUGCUACAAAAGCCAAUCAGCGUCACUGCACAACACAGUCUACUAGCAUGUUUGCUGGACUCCUUACACCCGGAACAUGCGGGUCAUGAGGCCCCCAACCCUCCUCCUGCUCUGGGGGGCCCUGGCCCUGACCCAGACCUGGGCGGACCCCCACUCCCUGAGAUAUUUCUACACCGCCGCUUCCCGACCGGGCCACCUAAGGCCCCGCUUCGUCAUCGUGGGCUACGUGGAUGACACGCAGAUCGAGCGGUUCGACAGCGACUCGGAGGGUCCGAGAGCGGAGCCGCGGGCGCCGUGGAUGGAGCAGCUGGAGCCGGGCUAUUGGGACUGGAGCACCAGGAACGCAAAGGACUCCGCACAGACUUUCCGAAGGAACCUGAACAACCUGCGCGGCUACUACAACCAGAGCCAGGACGGGUCUCACACGCUCCAGUUGAUGUUGGGCUGUGACAUGGGACCGGACGGCCGCCUCCUCCGCGGGUACCACCAGUACGCUUAUGACGGCACCGACUACCUCGCCCUGAACGAGGACCUGCACUCCUGGACCGCGGCCAACACCCUGGCUCACAUAACCAGGCGCAAGUGGGAGGAGGCCGGUGAGGCUGAGGAAAGGAGACUCUACCUGGAGGACGACUGCCUGGAGUUGCUCAGAAGAUACCUGGCGAUGGGGAAGGAGGUGCUGCAGCGCGCAGACCCUCCAAAGACACACGUGACCCACCACCCCAUCUCUGACCGUGAGGUCACCCUGAGGUGCUGGGCCCUGGGCUUCUACCCUGCGGACAUCAGCCUGAGCUGGCAGCGUGAUGGGGAGGAGCAGACCCAGGACAUGGAGCUGGUGGAGACCAGGCCUGCGGGAGAUGGGACCUUCCAGAAGUGGGCGGCCCUGGUGGUGCCCCCUGGAGAGGAGUGGAGAUACACGUGCCAUGUGCAGCACGAGGGGCUCCCCAAGCCCCUGACCCUGCGAUGGGAGCCGCCUCCUUGGGCCACCAUCCCCGCUGUGGGCCUGGUUGUGUGCCUGGUCAUCCCUGGAACUGUGGUCGCUGGAGCUAUGAUGAUGAGGAGGAGGAAGCGUUCAGGUGGAAAAGGAGGGAGCUAUGCUCAGUCUUCCAGUAAGUAUGGGGGAUGACCCCUGAGACCUUGU